UUAUUAAAAAGGUACAAGGUUUAUCUGAACCGCACCGUUUCAUCGCUCCCAUUCACCAGAGUUAUUUCCGUGUUAUCAAUCUAGAAACCCUACUACUGUUUUUACAUUUCUUUGUAGGUGUCGUAUAGUGUACACAGUUGUUUGGUUUCUGUAUUCUUGAAAAAAGUUAAUUAUUGUAUGUACGCAUCUAUACAGUAAUGUAAAAUUGAAGUGAAGAGUCAUAUUCGAAUACUGAUUUUGAGUUGUUUGCAUCAAAUUCAAUCCUGGUGUUUAAUUUCUGUUUAUUUACCGAAUUAUAACCCUUUUUUUUAAUAAUAUAUUGAAUUCAAGACUGAAAAGACACUGAUUAUGGAUUUCUUGUAUCAAAUAAAACCCUAUUUAUAAUUUCAAUUCGUGUGCCAAAUUAAAGCCCAAUUUUUUGAAUUCUAGAUUGAUUUUUCAUCUGAUCAUUCCAAACAUAUAGAGACACAGACAUUGACAUAUAUAAAUGGCGGAUCACGAUGAGGAUGAUUUGAAGAUGGCGUUAAGGAUGAGUAUGCAGCAGCAUAAUCAUCCGGAGCCGAAGAGGAGCAAAUCGAGGGAUGACUCUGGUGGAAGCGGAGAGGUUCCGGAGGAGUCACCGGAAAUGAAGAAUCGACGUAUGCAGCGGGAAUUAAUGGCCUCCGCGGCUGAGAAGCGGAUGGAAGCGGCCAAAAGUGCCGUACCAGCAAUGUCCGCCCCAAAGAGUGCAGAGAGCGUGAAGGAAGUGAAAAUUAGUGGUUCUGGAAUGGAGGGUAAGAGUAAAAGUGUCAGUUUGGAGACAUGCAAGGAGAAAAAUGGAAAUUCGGGUGCUGAGUUAUCCACGGCAGAAGCUCACCAGCUUUUUUCUAUGAUUUUUGGGAAAGAAGUCAGCAGAAAUGUACUUGCACAGUGGUGUAAUCAGGGCAUUCGGUUUAGUCCUGAUUCAGAAACAUCUAUGGGACUAGUGCAGCAUGAAGGUGGUCCGUGCGGAGUAUUAGCAGCUAUACAAGCUUUUGUAUUCAAAUAUCUUCUAUUUUGUCAAGAGGAAUCAGGCAAUGUUGCCCCAAACGUGUCAACAAAUUUGGGUGUUAGUGUAUCCAACAGUGAAUCAAUGGGUGCAGAUAUUUUUUCUUCCCUUUCAGAAGACCAUAAAUCAAGUGCCUUGGUCAGGAGUAUGAAUGAGAUGCUCUUUCUGUGUGGAAACAAUGAAACAGCUGUAAUAGCAUCAAUGGAUGUUCUUGAUGGUCAUGUGGAGGAGUCCAUGGAUGGAUCAAAGGAUGAGGUCAUUGCAACAAUACUUGAAGGUGUUUCUUUUGAAUCUGCGUUCGACUUGCAGAAGGUUUUGAAAGUUAGCACAUACACUUCAAAGGCCAGUGCGCUUUAUAAGCUAAAAGCAAUGCUUCCAGUUUUCCGAAGUCGUCUAGGAGCAUUGCUUUUUCUAAUAUCUGCAUUACUGUCACGAGGGCUGGACAAUGUUCAAGCUGACAGGGAUGAUCCAAGUCUACCGUUGGUAACUGCUCCAUUUGGGCAUGCUUCACAGGAAAUCGUAAACCUACUGCUUUCUGGGAGUGCUGUUGCCAAUGUGUUUGACGGGAAGAUGGAUUUCGGUGGUGGCAUGUUUGUGAAAGGCAUAUCAACAACAGUGGAAGUUGGAUUUCUCACUUUGCUCGAGUCUCUCAAUUAUUGCAAGGUUGGGCAGUAUCUGAAAUGCCCAAGGUGGCCAAUAUGGGUUGUUGGUAGUGAAUCUCAUUAUACAGUCUUAUUUGCUCUUGAUACCAAAGUCCAGGAUGAGAAUCAACUUGAAAGUAGAGAAGCACAGAUCCGAAGAGCUUUUGAUGUCCAGGAUCGAAGUGGAGGUGGCGGGUUCAUUAGUGUGGAAGGUUUCCAUCAAGUCCUCAAGGAAACGAGCAUUGACCUUCCAUCUGAGAAGCUUGAGCAUCUUUGCAGCACGGGGUUUAUCGUAUGGAGUGAAUUUUGGCAGGUUCUUCUGGAUUUAGACGAGAGUUUAGGAGGCCUAAAGGAUUCGACUGGAUUAAUGGGAAAGAAGGUGUUUGAUCUUUACCACUUCAACGGUAUUGCAAAAUCAGUUGCUAAUGGUAGCCAGGCUACAUCUGGACAUGAAAAUCCAAUCCAAAGACCUCGGCUGACAAAGUUGAGGGUUUCAGUUCCCCCCAAGUGGACAUCUGAGGAAUUCAUGGCAAAUGUAUCGGUUCCAUCUGGCUCGAGUAAAAAUGAAUCUGAUGAAAAAGAGAAAUCAGUCGAAGUAUCUAAACCAGACCCUGCUCAACGUGCACCUUUGGUUGAUUGCAUUAGAACGCGAUGGCCACGUGCAACUUGCAGUUGGGAAGGUGAUGCACCUAGUAUUGUUUGAUUGUCUAGUUAAGUUUCCCAAUCUGUGACUGCGCUCUCUAUUGAGGUUAGAGCUUUCCGGGGAGUGAAAGAAGAGGUCUUCUCUGCAUUUUCCCAUCUGAAAUGUGGGCUGCAGAGUUAAUAACUGCUAUACAUGACGUUUACAGUGUAAUUCAGUGUGUAGUUCAACAGAAUUCUGAAACGAGUGUAUUAUGGUGUUGAAAAUGUUAUCGUUAUUCAAACCUGUAGAAUACAUGUAGUUGUUUGCUAGGCAUGAGGAUUUCAAUCACACAUCAUAGGUUUUGACUUGUUGCUGUAACUAAGGUCGCCUUUGUACUCGUUAUUUGUUGUUGAUCAGCCAAGUUUUCUCUAAGAAGUUUUUGAUGAACA